AAAAAAAGUUGUUCAGUUUCAUACGGUUGAUAGGUACAGAAUCAAGCUAACAGUUUAGGUACGGAACAAAACCGGCAGUGAGAAGACAAAGAGUGGUCUUGUGAUUGACUGUUUUUUCUGGCAAUGAUGAGUCACUGUCUACUGGGAGCCCUUGUUGCAGUUCUGCUUUAUGCAACUUUUGUGACAGCCUCUUCGCCAACGACAACAGUUCUGAUUGAUUCAAAAUGUAAAUGUUUAAAAGUGACAUCCAGAGAAGUAAACCACCAUGGCGUGAAGGAGCUUGCGAGAGAUAUAGAGAUUGUAGUUCCAAUGAGAAGCAGGGAGAAGAUUACUGAUCCACACUCUGGCCCUCGGACCAAGUUUGUCUACCAAAUUUCAGAUUUCCUCGAAAAUUGUGUCGGAGGGCCAAAAACAUUGAAAGAGGGAGAUGACGCAAAUGAACCGAUGUGCAAUCCUGCACCUCCACCUGCUGACACCUGUUAUGGCUAUGACAGCAACAUACAUAUAAACAUGAGUCCUCCAACAGUGAGACCACGAUCUGUUCGGCAUGACUUUAUGUCAGAUGCACCAUAGAUUGCUUCUGUGACCAUGUCAUGCAGCUGCAACUGUGUUUAUUUUCUUUUGCUUACUUUUAGUAGACCAUUUCUGUUAUUUCAAUAAAAGAUUAUUUUCCAAAUUAUGUAAUUUGACGAGAUGUCAUGAUCCAUGUUACUCCCAUCCUCCUGAACAGGAUGCAUGGAAUGGCAUCACAUAGAAGCACACAAGUCUGUGUAAGUGCACAAUUGAAUUGGAUCAUGCUGUCUUUGCCUCUUCUCCAGUGAUU